AAUAAAAAUAGAGGAAGACGCCAAACACACACAGUUGAAAUCUUCCAUUUCUUCUUCAACACACAUUUGCAAACAGACCCUUUGAAAAACCUUCAAAAACCCUAAUUACUAUAAUCCCAAAUUCGCUUAAUUCGAUCUCAUUUUGCUUCACUUUUUCAUAUUUUUUUUGUAAUCGUUUGCUAACGAAUUCCCCAAUUCAAAAUACUCGCACUAGUACACAACAUAGACGACUUACUGUUCAUACACGCAGGAUUUGAUUUAACUGAAUUGAGCAUAAUGUCAGGUUCGGGAGGCUUUGCGGUGUCGCGGAGCCAUGGUGGGGACAGGUUUUACAACCCACCGGCUGUACGUCGGCACCAGCAGAUGCUGUUGCAGCAGCAGCCGGAGCAGCAGGUGUUACAGCAGCAGCAUCGGCAGAAGCACCAGUUGCCAAGGGCGCCGGUGAAGUCGGAAUCUUCUUCCGCCGCUGCAGUGGUGGAGGCGGGAAAUCGGAGUGAGUCCGAUGAUUCAACGAAGUCAUUUUCUAGACCAUCUUCUGUCAGCUCGGCAUCGCCCCCCAGACCAAUGCCGGUGAAUGUUACGAACUUAGACCGUUUGAUGGAUUCUGUCACUCCUUUCGUUCCUGCUCAGAAUUUCUCUGAGGUGCGAGUAAGAAGAAGGAAAAUGCAGGAAGUAGAGUCCCUUCCAUUUUAUUGCUUGGAGGAUCUUUGGGAAUCUUUUCGUGAAUGGAGCGUGUAUGGAGCUGGAGUACCUUUGUUGUUAAAUGGGAAGGACCUAAUCACACAAUAUUAUGUUCCGUACUUGUCAGGCCUACAGUUGUACAUAGACGAGUCAAAGCCUCCUCCUCAUCGCAGGAGGCCUGGUGAGGAGAGCGAUUCUGAGUCAUCUAGGGAGACAAGUAGUGCUGGCAGCAGUGAUCGUGAAGCAGAUAAGCGAUCCAAAUCCCCAGUUGAUGGAUGUCGGCCUCAUCAGAAUGCCCAGCAACUGAAUAGGCUGUCAACGGAUAAAUUUGUCAAAAGUUCAUCGAGUGAUGAAGCUGAAAUUUCCAAUUGGCCUGGAUUACUCUUGUUUGAAUACUUAGAACAAGAACAACCACAUCUACGUAAACCACUAAGUGAUAAGAUUUCUAUUCUUGCAUCUCAAUUUCCUGAGCUGAGACAGUGUAGGAGCUGUGAUCUACUCCCGUCAAGUUGGAUUUCUGUAGCUUGGUAUCCAAUUUAUAGAAUACCUGUGAGCCCAACUCUAAAGGAUUUGGAUGCAUCUUUUUUGACAUUUCAUUCCUUGUCAACACUAUCUAGAAGUAAUUUUCCACCUCGAUUUCAUGCUGCGUAUACUAGGAAAGUCCGUGACAUUGUUGACCCAUCUUCGAAAAUUUCUUUGCCAGUCUUUGGCCUAGCUUCCUACAAGCUGAAAGGUUCACUUUUGAGUCCUACUGGACCCCGUGAAUGUGAGCAAGAGAACUAUCUUUUGCAAUCUGCCGACAACUGGCUUCGAAAUUUGCAGGUGAACCACCCCGAUUACCAAUUCUUUCGCACUCACUACUCUCAACGAAGAUGAUGGGGUCUGAAUUUUCUUCACGUGCCCAUAUCUAGUUGUAGUGGCUGAAGUUCAGUGCCAAUUUUGGUACAGAAGACAGAUUUUUGGAAGCUAAACUGCUAUACAAAAAACAAUUCCCUCUCCAACAAAUAUCCUGGUGAAAAAUUGUGCAGUGUUGUUUAACUACUGUUUUACCUUUUAGUUGUGUAAAAUUCUUUCAAAGGCGUUAUUAUCAAAAGAGUAGGAUAUAAUCAUGCAGCAGCAGGUGGUGGCUGUUGAUGCGCAUGAGAAAAUUGAUCGUUGAUAUCCAUAUGUUAGUAGAAUGGCUGAGUAUGGAGCCGGUAGACUUAGAUGUCCCCAACUGCUGUCUGUUGAUGAUGAAAACUUGACCAAUCCGUAGUCUUUACUUCUAAAUGAAUGUAUAAAUCCUAUAUCAACUUAGAAGAGUUUUCAAAAAAUGUUCUUAAAAUUUUUA